AUGAAAGUAGCUUAUGCAUUCCGUCCAUUUCCUGCCAAUUACAAACCAACAUGUGAUGCCACUUUACCUGCUCCUACCAACUGGAAUCAUCCUUUACAAACAUCACCAUCUGCUCCAUUAGCAAAUGCUAAAUCUCAAGCAACAACAAUCUAUGUUAAUGGAGUUCCAUAUACAGUUAUUCGUCUAUUAGGCGAAGGACUUCAUAGUCGUGUUUAUGCUGCAUAUGAUCCUCGAACAACACAAUCUGUUGCAAUAAAAGUCGUACAAAAUCUCGAUCCAGUCGAUAGCCAUGGACAUUCAAAAAUGUUUUUUAAAGAAAUUCGUUAUUUAACGAAAUUACAACCACGUAAUCCAUAUGUUAUAAGAGUUUAUAAUCAUGAAUUUGAUUCGAAAUCACAAACGGGUAAAAUUGUUAUGGAAACUGGACAUGAUUUUCGAUUUAUGUUACCAUUACAAGCAUCACCAAGUGAAAAAAAAAUGAGCAUUGCUCAAGCUAAAUAUUAUUGGCAACAAAUGGUUGAAGCUGUUUCAUUACUUCAUCGAAAUGGUAUUGUUCAUUCAGAUAUUAAACCAGAAAAUUUUAUUAUGACACAAGGUGGUCAACUUCGUAUUAUUGAUUUAGGUCUGUCAUUUCGUUUACCACAAUCACAAGCAUCUGUAUUAAGACCAUUUGCAGGUACACCUGAAUAUAUGCCACCAGAAGUAUGUCAAAUACAAAAUGGUCAAUUUUCUCAUCAAGGUCGAGCAUCAGAUAUUUGGGCACUUGGUGUUCUUUUAUUUGAAAUGAUCUUUGGCUAUCGUCCAUUUGAACAUGUUCAAGAUAAUUAUGAUAAGAUGUCACAUAUAGCUCGAUUAAAACAUAAUCCUACUAUUCCACAAACAACAAAUCCUCAUUUACGUGAUGUACUUAAACAAUGUUUACAAAUAAAUCCCAAUCGUCGUCCGACUGCUGAUCAAUUAUUACAACAUGCAUUUUUUACUAAUCAAUAA